UUCUGUACCUAGACUUUAAACUUCUGGAUGGCUUUACACAUUCUGCUGGGUCCACUGCAGAGCGAGCGUUCAGUAAUUAUUUGCAGUGUGAUUGACAGCUGAGUAUCCAGCCCACAGUAAGGAGGUGAAAUGUAGUUCUGGAUACCUCACCAUAUUUAGGCUUCUUUGUAGUCAGGAGCUCUAAGGUUUCCCCUAACUGUCUUCUCCCAUAGAGCUGCCCACACCUCAGGGCGCUCCAGGCUGCAGACAGGCGGUGCCUUAUUAUGUGCAAUGCAGUCUGCGGAUGGGGCGCAUCAGCUUUCCUUCUGUGGCGUAAUUCCUAUGGACAACUUAACAUGGGGAUUUAAUAAAAAAUGUACAUGUAUGCUGUGAAGAAUCCAACAACAAAUGAAGGGAACUUCUGCCUGCCUUUGAAAUGGGUGGACCCUGUAACAUUGGUCUGUUUGAAGUGGCAUCCUAACCCAUGUGCAGACGCUUCGUUCCUGUCUGCCAGGACGGGCCUAGAGCCCUGAGUACUGAUAAGAUGCAUCAUUUACAGUGAGAAUGUAGUCUCAGUUUUUACGCUUUUCUGAGGUGCCAUUAUUGCUGCUGUGUUUCCUGUUUUAUGUAGGUGGUAGCCCUCGGAGAGGUACCAGAUGGGACUGUGGUUACUGUCAUGGCGGGUAACGAUGAAAAUUAUUCUGCUGAGCUCCGAAAUGCCUCUGCUGUUAUGAAAAACCAAGUAGCAAGGUUCAACGAUCUGAGAUUUGUGGGCCGGAGUGGACGAGGCAAGAGUUUCACCUUGACCAUAACUGUCUUCACAAAUCCUCCCCAAGUAGCCACCUAUCACCGAGCUAUUAAAGUCACAGUGGAUGGACCCCGGGAACCCAGAAGGCACAGACAGAAGCUUGAUGACUCUAAACCUAGUUUGUUCUCUGACCGCCUCAGUGAUUUAGGGCGCAUUCCUCAUCCCAGUAUGAGAGUAGGUGUCCCGCCUCAGAACCCACGGCCCUCCCUGAACUCUGCACCAAGUCCUUUUAAUCCACAAGGACAGAGUCAGAUUACAGACCCCAGGCAGGCACAGUCUUCUCCGCCGUGGUCCUAUGACCAGUCUUACCCCUCCUACCUGAGCCAGAUGACACCCCCGUCCAUCCACUCUACCACCCCGCUGUCCUCCACCCGCGGCACCGGGCUCCCUGCCAUCACUGACGUGCCCAGGCGCAUCUCAGAUGAUGACACUGCCACCUCUGACUUCUGCCUCUGGCCUUCCACUCUCAGUAAGAAGAGCCAGGCAGGUGCUUCAGAACUGGGCCCUUUUUCAGACCCCAGGCAGUUCCCAAGCAUUUCAUCCCUCACUGAGAGCCGCUUCUCCAAUCCACGAAUGCACUAUCCAGCCACCUUUACUUACACCCCGCCAGUCACCUCAGGCAUGUCCCUCGGUAUGUCCGCCACCACCCACUACCACACCUACCUGCCACCACCCUACCCCGGCUCUUCCCAAAGCCAGAGCGGACCCUUCCAGACCAGCAGCACACCAUAUCUCUACUAUGGCACCUCGUCAGGAUCCUAUCAGUUCCCCAUGGUGCCCGGGGGAGACCGGUCUCCUUCCAGAAUGCUACCGCCAUGCACCACCACCUCGAAUGGCAGCACGCUAUUAAACCCCAAUUUGCCUAACCAGAAUGAUGGCGUUGACGCUGACGGAAGCCACAGCAGUUCCCCAACCGUUCUGAAUUCUAGUGGCAGAAUGGAUGAAUCUGUUUGGCGACCCUAUUGAAAUUUCCUCAGCAGUGGCCCAGCGGUCUCUGGGAGCCACGUCCCAAACGUGUCGACAUAUACAUAUAUAGAGAGAGUGCUUAUAUAUGUAUAUCAACUAGCUAUCUACAAAGUGCCUAUUUUUUAGAAGUUUUUUGUUUUGUUUUGUUUUUUUGCAUUCACUCACUCUGUCACCAUCUUGCGACCCUCAGAGGGUAGAUAUUGAGAAGCAAAAGGCCCAAGAGAGACAAUCCUAAUCAGGCUUCAGAUCGUUUUCUCUCUAAAAUGUACUUUUACGAACAAACCAAGGAGAGAGGUGUUUUGGCUGCCGUUGUCGCUCGCUCGGUCUGUUAUCCUAAGUAACCUGUUGGUGCGCCAGUUCAGAGCGGUGGACUCGAGGUCCAGGAGGAAGAGGAGCCCAGCGCUCCCUCCCUGUGCUCUGAAACCACCCGCGCUCACGGCGGCCGGUGGCCGCGGUGCGUGGACACGUGCCCUCCGCAGACCCGCUUCCAAAGCCAGCCGAGGUGCACGCGAAGGGAAGAGGGGCAGGACGGGGGCUCCUACGCCCCUGCCAUCCCUCCGCAGCAGCUGUUCCAAACUUCCCCUUCCCUCCUCUCUGCAAGUAUUCAUUUGAACUGUUUGGUUCAGUUGGUUUUUUAAUUUUUUCCCCCCUCCUUUAAGAAAGUGACUUCAAAAAUACUGACCAGGAUAGAUUAUUUUAUUUUACUUUUUUAUACUUUUUCCCCCCUCUUCCCAUUUAACCAAAAAAGAAAUCCCAUCCCAAAACCACACCCCAACACCCCAACUCUGCCCCUGCUUCUUUUAUGCAAAACUGAAAAUGGCAAUGCCUUAUUAUAGCCAUAAUGGUAUAGAUAGUGUUUGUGUUUGGCUGUGUGUUAUUUGUCUUCUUUUUUUUUUUUAAAUUAUGAAUAUGUGUAAAAUCUGAGGUAACUUGCUAACGUGAAUAGUCAUAUAACUUUAAAGAUAUAUUUAUAAUUAUUUAAUGACAUUUGGACCCUUGAAACAUUUCUUAGUGUAUUGAGAUGUUGACUUCGGUCUCUAAAAGUGCUCUUUAUUAAAUAACAAAUUUCUUCAGUGGGCUAGAGCCAUAUCUGAAAUAUUGCUAAGCAAUUUCAGUUCAUCCAGGCACAAUGUGAUGUUUUAAAAAUACUUCCAUCUCCAGAUAUUUUAGAUGUAGCUUGUUUUUGUGAUGUAUGAAGGAAAUGUUUUGUUCUUAGCUCUUUCAGAUCUUUCAUUGCCUCUAACACAGCUUUGCCUUUUAAAAAGCAAUAAUUCGAGAUUAAAAAAAAACCUCUCAGUCCUUUAUCGCUUAUGUUGCCCUUCAUCAGCAUGAAAUGCUGGCGCGAUGUGGUUUCCUAAUUUCUUUGAAAUAAUGAUGACUCUUGUCGUGUUAAGACAGACAAGCACAAGAGAAUCACUGAACUGCAGAAAAAUGUUCUGUGGUUUCAUAGUUAAAGCAAAACUCUCAAUCGCCAGGCCUCACAGUGAAGACAUGAUCAGCUUAAAGCCACACAUGUGGCCCGAGGAUCCCUCGUGAUACACGCAGUACAGGAAAGCAGAACUGCCCCCACCCGCCUUACCAAACAGUUAAGACAGGGGAACCCAAAUCUGCCUUUGCCUAGGCCCCACUGGCGGCUCUCCACUGAAUUUGCAUUUCAAGGAGCAGAAUUAAGUCACUGCCUCCCAGGAGCGGGGUCAGCAGCAGGCAGCUGAUCUAAGAGCACACAGGCGGUGGAAACCAGGUCCAGCCUCUGACAUUCGCAUUUCUCACGAUGGAGGGCGAAGGGCAGGCCCGGCCGGUGGAGUCUGGCGUCGACUACUGUGUGUGAAGCCCUGCUGUCGGAUGCACUUUGACCACUCCUGGCGGCCACGUGGCACAUCCUCAGGCCCAGCCAGGACCACUCCACGACACCACCGGGCAGAUCCUCGCCCUCCUCCCCCGCAGGCCAGGGCCCCGGCAUUUGAAUUCUAUGUCCCACCCUAAGCAGAACCUUCUAGGGAUUUGCUUCCAGCCCCCAGAGGUCCCUGGCUCCCUGGUCAUCCUCCAGGCCACUUCAUAGGCCGCCAAGCAUCUCCGGCCGGCUUUGCAGGACGUUGGACCUGUCCUUCUCGCCUGGGAAAGCACCCUGACUCCUCCUAAUAAAAAUCGAGGGGAAAACCAAAGCAAACCAAAACACUUUGCCUUCUAAAGGUUGUAUACCAAGUAUGCUUCGAUAAAUAAGCCACUUUUUUAUUAAGAUGGAAGUAGUAAUUGAUACUAUUUAUUGUUUGUGUGUGGUAGCUUGAAGCACGCCACUGCCCAUUUGUUUGUAAGUGUAAAAUAUGUGUGUUUGUUUCAGCAGCACUUAAAAAAGCCAGUGUCUGGUUACACAUUUCAAUCUUAAUUAAUUGACAUAAAAAUGUUACCACCAGUGCCAGCUGUACCCUAUUUAAUAAAAAAAAAGGUACUAUAUCUGUACUUUAUUUUUAAUGUUAAAAGGGCUUUUUUAAGUUUACAGGACACAUACGAAGUGACUUAAGGGAUGCUUUCGUGUUGAAAUGUUAUUGUAGUGGCUGCAGGCAGCAACCCAGAAACACUUUAAAAGUUUUUUUUUUCCUUGGGAAAAAUUCAAGCACUUCUCCCUUCUGCCCUCACUCCAACCACUCCAAUGGGGUAAUUUACAUUUCUUAGAUCAAAUUCUGCCCUUUUUCAGCCUGGGGGUUAAUUUUUUUCUUUUAUCUUCUUUUUUUUUAACCGAACCUUUAAUUUGCACUGGGUUACAAUGUAUGAUUUUUGAUUUCAAGACCAAAGCAAAGCCUUACUGCUACUCUGGAACUAGCCAACACUCCACUUCCUUCAGGUUCAAAUGGCAUGGUUCUUGGUGUAGCACAAAUGUUGCUGGAGUUUACAGCAUGACCAGUACAGCCACUUUUCCCACCUGGCUUUAGCUUCUGUCAGAGUUCUGGAACCGGUACCACAGCUUUGGGUUUUUUGUUUUUUUUUUUCCUGAAAUGACAUCCAGCCUGGAACUGGGAGACUCAGCAGAUCAACUGUGGUUUGCUCUGCAGACCAGUUCUCCCCACCAGGGCCUUUUAAAAGUGAGCAGAGAAAUCCACACUGUCAGGGACCAUCCAGUGCAAAUUCCGAGGGGAGGAGACAUGUGCGUGUGUGUUGGCUUAUGGAGUUCCCUGCGUUCCCAGGAAAUGGACUGACUCAGAGUCUAGAUUAAUACAUGGAAACACAGAGCAUGAGCGAAACCAAUCAUUCUGUCUGUGAAUUCGAAAGAACAAUCGUAAAUAAAAUCAAUAAAAGACGACACUUCCAAACUUUGAAUUUGUUAUUCUUAAAAA